AUGGGGACUGCAGCGGCGGCAGCGGCGGCGGCCGGGGAGGGGGCGCGCAGCCCGAGCCCCGCCGCGGUGUCGCUCGGCUUGGGCGUGGCCGUAGUGUCGAGCCUGGUGAAUGGGUCCACGUUCGUGCUGCAAAAAAAGGGCAUCGUGCGCGCCAAGCGAAGAGGUACUUCCUAUUUAACAGACAUCGUGUGGUGGGCAGGCACGAUUGCAAUGGCUGUUGGCCAGAUUGGAAACUUCCUGGCUUACACGGCGGUCCCCACAGUCCUGGUGACUCCACUGGGUGCCCUUGGAGUGCCAUUUGGGUCCAUUUUAGCUUCUUAUCUUCUAAAAGAAAAGCUCAACAUCUUGGGCAAGUUGGGAUGUCUGCUAAGCUGUGCAGGUUCUGUUGUGCUGAUUAUCCACUCCCCGAAAUCUGAGAGUGUGACUACUCAGGCUGAGCUGGAAGAGAAGCUGACUAACCCAGUGUUUGUGGGCUAUUUGUGUAUCGUGCUCCUUAUGCUGCUACUGCUCAUCUUUUGGAUUGCACCAGCCCAUGGGCCUACCAACAUCAUGGUCUACAUCAGUAUCUGCUCUUUGCUGGGGAGUUUCACCGUGCCUUCCACCAAGGGCAUUGGGCUGGCAGCCCAAGACAUCUUCCACAACAACCCAUCCAGUCAACGGGCCCUCUGCCUGUGCCUGGUGCUCCUGGCCGUGCUUGGUUGCAGCAUCAUCGUCCAGUUCAGGUACAUCAACAAGGCACUUGAGUGCUUCGACUCCUCUGUGUUCGGGGCCAUCUAUUACGUCGUGUUCACCACCCUCGUCCUGUUAGCUUCGGCCAUCCUCUUUCGGGAAUGGAGCAAUGUGGGCCUGGUGGACUUCUUGGGUAUGGCCUGUGGGUUCACCACCGUCUCUGUUGGGAUUGUCCUUAUACAGGUGUUCAAAGAGUUUAAUUUCAACCUUGGGGAGAUGAACAAAUCUAAUAUGAAAACAGACUAGGAUGCAACAGGGGUUGGGUGGCUCAAGGAACAGGAAAUGGAUGUGGUUUCUUGUCCUAAUUUGAUGUGAAGUAGAAGAGACCCUAAUCACUGGUAUUAAAGUUGCUUGCAUAUUAAUGGGUGGUCUGGUGGACAGUAGGGAGCAUUGCUCAGCAUCUGAGUGGGGGCCCAGCCCUCUGCAGUCUAAAGUUGCUAAAUGGUUGUCUGGGCAUCAUCUCUCUCUGACGAGAGGAAUCUCAUGUUCAUUGCCAUUAACCUGGAAGCUUUCAUGAAUACUAUUUCCUUUAAAAAUAUUUUAACAUUGUUUAAUAGAGAAUAAAGAUGGGCUCUUUCUGGUUAGUCUUUGCAGGGGAGCAGAUAUUAUUACUUAGAAGAUUACUUUGGAAAUGAGAGAAAUUUUUGUCUUGUAGUCUGACUAACAGUAAAUGUGUCUAUAGUUGUGUUAUUUUGCAUUAAGCAUGUAUAACAUUCAGGUACCUCAUCCAAAUAAUAAGUACAUACAUUUAAUUGUUUUUAAUCCUCUAAUGAGCUGACUCUCCCACCUCCUACUCCAAGACAUUUUAAUUGAAAAUAGAGAGAGAAUGAGUGGACAUGAUGCAGAGUUCCAUUUAUAGGAUGACUUUCAAUAGCUCAAAUCAAUUUCAGUGCCUUUAUCACUUAAACUCUUCACUUAAUUUGACUAUGACUAUGUGUAUGUCUCUUAGAAUAACUCUUUGAUUAUACUUUAAUAUUUCACUAUUCAAAAUAUUAAUGUAUAGAGCAGUUAGAAGUAACAGUAUAUUCAUUUGCUGGAAGAAAGUCACAGCGCAAGACCCAGAAGAGCAAAUUGACCCUUUUAGCAUGUAGUUAUUAUCCAAUUAAAGACAAUUGACUUAAGUAGCAUAAGGUAUUUUAUUUGUAUUUAAUCUAUGUAACUGGGGCCCAGUAUCAAAUAUAUCCACAUUCUCUUUCAGUGACCACUGUGGCCAUUCCAAAGAAAUAAAUUAUUUAACUUGAUAACAAGGUUGUUAGAUGAGAGAGUAACUAUUCAAUAGCACAUAUAUCAAGUUCCCUAUAAUAUAGGAAUAGGUUAAAGGACACAGUCAAGCUCAGGCAAGUUUCUGAAAAUUGGAACAUACAUAGCAAGUUUUCAGAAGAAUUUCUAGCAAAAAUGAAAACAAUUAAUUUAGCCAUCUCCCUGUUGUUUGAGAUGGCACAGCACACUACAAUUUGUCACCCACUUCUCAUUAAGCUUCUGAAAUGCAGAAUAGCCACUUAUUACGCCAAUGUUUAGAUCAAAGAGAUCAUUUGUUUAUAGUAACCUCCUAUGUAUGUUAAACGGGAGCAAAGCACAAAGUGAUGCAAAUUAUUUCACCCAGAUAUCAUGUACUUCAUGUUCAAUGUUUCAUCUAAAUAGGAAACUGUGCCAAGUUGGAAAAUGGGAUUGGGUAAGGCAGAUUUAGUGAACUAGAAUGUCACAUUUAAUAAUAUCCAAUUAAAGUUACUCAUUAAGGGAAAAAUAUUUUUUCAGGAAAAAAUAACAUUUCCAAAGACCAAAGAAAUUGUUCCCUGAAGUGUUGAACAAAGAGGCUAAAUAAAAUGAGGAUAGUUUAACAGUGAAGAACACCUUUAUAAAUUAACAGUACAUACGAUGAUCAUGAGUUGUCAGUGAUUAGUGAAAUAAGAGCAGCAACAAAAUUGUUUAAAAUUUUUUAAAUCUUAUAUUAACUGACAGUUAAUAAACACUCAAAAAGUCCCUCAUAAAGUUUGUUUGUUUGUUUGUUUUUACUAUCAGGUAUUUUUAGGAAUGCAAGCCUUAAUUUAUUGAACUGAAAUUUUUGAAAAUAUCAUGUAGCAGUAUCAGUAUGCUUUUAGGCAAAAAAAAAAAAAAAAAAUAGUUUCCUACAUAAGGAGUUUGGGAUAGUAAAAGAACACAUGUAGUAAACAAAAGUAUACUGAGAAAGUUCCUGUGUCUUAUGAAAAUUAUCUUGUUUAUUUUGUUACAGUUUACAGUUGAAGCUUCAUUUAAAUUCAUCUAUUAGUGUUCCUCAUUAUAUUUUAUUUCACAAUUAUACCCUGGAUACUCAGAGGUAGUAUUUUCUGGAUGAUCAUCCCUGUGAUUUUUUUUAGAGUAAAACAAAAUCUGAAAGUAGUAAUAGCUGGUCUCCUCUUCAGGAUGACUUGUUCUGGAACAGUUGGACUCUCCCAUGUUUAGCAGAUUAUUUUAGUAGGAAGCACAGCAUUCCUUCCAAUGGAACAAAGUUCUUAUGAUUGUAUUUCAAGUGUGUGAUUCUAGCCUCAAUUGACAUGACUAGCAGUCUAAAUAGCCCAAUUUUCAAGUUUGACAUAAAAUAUAUAAUUUCUGAUAUAAUAGUAUUUUUUUUUUACAAAUUCAUGUUUUUUUAAUUCUUUUGGAAUUGCAAAGAAAAAAAGCCUCAAAGUGAGAGUUUGGGAGGGGCUAGAAUGGGUAUGGGUCUCAUUGGUCUCUCCAAAAGUAAAUACAUAUGAAACAUUUUCAUGAAUAUACUCUUCCUUGAGUUUUAUCUCUGAUUAAACUAAGAAAAAAAUUACCUACCUGUACUUGUUUUCAAGCCUCCUCUAAAAUCUUAUGUUUCUGAUCACAAUUUGCAAAUUUACUCUGGAUAGAUACUUAAAUAAGUCAUUUCUCUCCUCUACUACUUAGACAAUGCUUUGUUUUCUCAUCUGAAUCUUUGCACUUAAAAAGAUUGCUUUCUGUUUUCCUGAUUGAUCAAAUUUAGGGCCUAGUAAGGAUUCUGAAGAGCACCCUGGGGAUUUUGCUCUUCUAGAGGACUAUUCCAUCUCUGUAGAGAAGGUUCUCGAUAGGAAGGGCAGUCUGCUUCUUGCUACACAUGGAGCAAGAACUGCUUAUAACUUGUUCUUCAGUCAGAUGUCACCAUAGUAUUUUCACAUUAGAAUGUUAGUGAAAUACACUUUCCUGCUCUUAGUUCAGCAAUAAGAAAUAUUCUUUCAAUUCCUACUUUUCAAGCCAGUUUGUUAUACUCAAUAUUAUUUCCAGAAGUUCAUUCCAGCUGUAGUAGGUUGGUCUUUGUUCUUUUACUUUAGUUUUCAUGUCUGUUAAAAGAGAACACUAUUAACGUGCCGUCACCCCUCAUCUUCCUUCUUCCUCUACAGCCUCACUCUUUGUAAAUACUGUGCUCAUUUCUAUAAGCUAGUUCCUAGAUAUUUAUAAAGCACUGAGAUGCAGUGUCUCCCAGGUAUAGACACUUUUGUCCGUGGAGACCAAAGGUAUUGAUGACUGACUAGUUCUUGGAUGAUACCUCUCUUUUCCAAGCUGCUCAACCAAUCUAGACUAGUAGAGAAAGUGCUCUAAUUGUCUACAGAGCCAUGGCCAUUGCUCUUUUUUGAUGCCUACUUGAUCCCAACUUAGGCCUCUUAUGACGAGUAGGAAACUGGAAAGAGAAAAAUGCUUCAGUUUAGAUCUGUUCAUGACUGUCUAAUUGGUUCCAGUGGUCUGAAGGAGUUAUCCUUCUGUGUUUGAAACCAAGGAAGUAGUUCACCCGUCAAGCAGGAUUAGAUGGAAUCUUGGUGUUCCGCCUUCUCAGGGACCAAAAAAUGUAACAUUAACAACUUAGUACUGACUUUCUUCCCAAGGACAUGUCCAUGUUAGUUUUUCAUUUGUUUUACUCACAGUCAUAGCUAGAAGCCUGUUAACUUGAGUUGGAAAGAGAAAAGAUCAAGUUGCACACCAGUCACACCAUAAAACAGUUUAUCAUAUAAAAUACCUCAAUUUUCUGUAUUCCUCACUUCCACCUCACAGUUGUACUGGUGAUGAAUUUUAAGGGUCUGUCCUUUAGUUUAUUGGUGAUCUUUCACAUCUGGCCAGAUUCUUAUACCUCCAUUAUAUACUUGAAAAGAUAAAGAAUUAUAAGAGUGAGAACGAGAAUUUGGCCCACUAUCACUACUUGUUUAUUUUCAUACACAUUUCUCACAUGCUACUAAAUGCAACAAGAUAAUUAUAUUUUAAGAAAAUGUAACUUUAUGUUACACCAAAAAAAUGUCGUGUAGUAAAAAGUUGAUACUCAGUAGAACAAUGAUCAUGUAAAUAAAUCUAUUUCAAAUGUACCCAAUGUGAUUAAAAACAUUGUCUAGGACCCAGAGCAUGAGCCAGGGAGAAAGAUUUAUUUGUUCUUUUCUCUAUUUUUCCUUGAAUUGUGCAACUAUAGGUGAGUCACUUAACCUUUCUGUGCCUCAGUUUCUCUACCUCUAAAGGGGUGAGAUGGUUCUCCAAAUCACCUGUUUUAGAGCGCUCACACUUUUAGCAUGUGCUGGUAGCCUCUGACAAGCGUUAUGUGCAGGACUGCUCUGGAGUGAUGCACUGGAAACUCAGCCUGCACUGGGCAGCCUGUCUGCUCAGGACUAUGCUUUAGACACACAGCUUCAAGCACUGAGUAAGAAAAGGAAGUGCUGGGUGUAAAGUUUGCACAAUUCCAUGAAGCUUUAAUUUUUCUUUUUUUUUUUAAGGAAGGGUUUUAUAUAUUCUAUUAUAAAAUAUGAAAGUUAAACAGGGACUUUAUAAAGCUGCACUGAAAGAUCACAUUCUGAUGGUGUGAUAAGAUUUUCUGACAUUCUGCAUAGGUUUAUGUACUGCAGAAGAUUCAAUGACCUGUGAACCAGACUGAUUCUAUUGUGUUAAAUUUGUAAGGAAUGAUGCUGAACUUCCUGCUUCCAAGCAGCUCAACCCUGACCAUGAAUUACCCGACACCAGGUAAACGUCAGGAGCUCCCAAACCACUAGUGCCAAAAGGUCACAUUGAAAAGUUCAGAUUAUUUCUUUUAUUUGCAAGAAUGUACUAAUUUCCCUCCCUCCUCUAUGUCAGAGUUUUUGCACUUUGGAAUAAUUUAAAGGUACUGUUUUACAGUAGCAUUCCUGAGUGUUUUUGCCUUUCUAAAUGGUAACUACUAUUUUCUUGUAAAAUGGAAUAAAAUUGCGAAAGAGAAGAAGACUAGAUAAAAAAUGUAAAAUGUUGAUUGAUUGCAUAAGUUUUUUCCUGUAAAUGUAUCAGGGGAGCUUCCAAUUAGCAUACAUACACACAUUUGUCAAUGGCUAAGACUUGCUUAUCUUUUGCUUUAUAGAAAUAGUCGUAGCAUGUUGUAAUUGCCUUAUGUAAAUAAAAAAGGCUAUUUAUUAAGUUUUACAAUAAUAUUUAUUAAUCUGUAUGUGUUUUAAAAUAAAAGAUU